UGAUUCUCUGCGUGUUUUUUCUCCUCGCAUCACCCGCAUCAUGAGUUACCAUAGCGACGUUUACUCCACGAGUUCCUACCGGAAGUUCUUCGGGGACUCCUCACGAUUGUCUGCUCCCCCGACCCCCCGGUCCUCUGCGGGUUACCGGGUGUAUGAAGGCGGGUACCGGAGCCGGGCGUCCCCCGGUUUGGCCUCCUCGGCGCCGGACGCGGAUCUCGCACACAUGGCUGCUUCGGCCACCGAGCUGAAGAUCGUGCGCACAAACGAGAAGGAGCAGCUGCAAGGCCUUAACGACCGGUUCGCAGCCUUCAUCGAGCGCGUGCGCGAGCUCGAGCAGCAGAACCGCGCGCUCGAGGCCGAGGCGGAGUCGCUGCGCCGCAGUCUGGGCUCCGAGCCCGCGCGUCUGCGCGACCUUUACGAGCGCGAGCUGCGAGAACUGCGCGAACGCGCCGACCAGUUGGAGCGCGACCGCAGCCGCGCGCAGCUCGAGAACGCGCACCUCGCCGAGGCGCUUGCGCGCGUCCAGGAAAAGCUGCGCGAGGAGAGCCGCCUGCGCGACGAGGCCGAGAGAGAGCUGCAGUGCUGCCGCAAGGAGGCGGAGGACGGAGCGCUGCACCAGCACGAGCUCCAGAAGAAGGUGGAGUCUCUGAUGCACGAGAUCGACUUCGCACGAAAAGUGCACGAUGAAGAAGUGCGCGAGCUGCAAGCGUCACUACAAGCCUCCCAGGUAUGUGUGGAGAUGGAUUUGAGUAAACCCGACCUCACUGUGGCUCUGAAGGACAUCCGGUCACAGUACGAGAUUUUGUCAUCACGAAACCAGCAGCAGGCCGAGGACUGGUACCGAUCCAAGUUCGCCAGUGUGACUGAGGUGACUGCACGUGACGCCAACGCCAUUAAAGUGACCAGAGAUGAGCUGAGCACAUGUCGGCGCCAGGUUCAGGCACGUACGCUGGAGAUCGAAGCGCUACGCAAUCACAACGACUCACUGGAGCGACAGCUUGCAGAGAUGGAGGAUCGCCACAGCUCUGAGAUCGGAGAGCUGCAGGAGACGAUCGCUCAGCUAGAAGACGCUCUGCACAGCACUAAAGGAGAAAUGUCCCGCCACCUGCGCGAGUAUCAGGACCUGCUGAACGUCAAGAUGGCACUGGACAUCGAGAUCGCGGCCUACAGGAAGCUGCUAGAGGGAGAAGAGUGCCGUCUGGGCAAUGUGGGCGUGGCCUCAAUCCAGCCCGCCUACUCUGCUGUUUCCUAUACGGCAGGACGCGCAUACACCCUGGGUGCCUACAGGAGGGGUGUGGCCAAGCCUGAGAGUGAGGAAGAAGAGGACAAGAAUGAAGAGAUGGAGAAGGAAGAGGAAGAAGAAGCAGAAGAAGAAGUAACAGCUGAAGGAGAAGAAGAAGGAGGAGAAGAAGAAGAAGAAAAAGAAGAAGGAGGAGAAGAAGAAGAAGCUGAAGAGGAAGCAGCUGAAGAGGAAGUAGGAGAAGAAGAGCAGGAGGAAAAGGAUGAAAAGGAGGGGGAGGGGGGUGAGGAUGAAGAAGAAGGAGGAGAUGAAGGGGAGAAAAGAGAGGAAGAAGAACAGGGUAAAGAAGAGGAGGUGGUGAAGGAAGAGAAGGAAGAGAAGAAGGAGCCAGAAGAAGAGAAGAAGAAGGACAAGGAGAUGGAGAAAGAGAAGAAGAGCGAAGACAAAGGGGGCGAGGUUAAGACCGAGAGUAAACCCGAGAGUAAACCCGAGAGCAAGGCUGAGAGCAAGGAUGAGAGCAAGGAUGAGAAAACUGAAAGCAAUAAAGGAGACAAGAGCAAGUAAAGACACACCCUCUAUAGCCGUCCCCACACACACUCACACAAACACACACAGUCAUACUCCAUCGUCAUCAUCCGUUUACAAAGCAGUCUCCAUGGUGACCACACAGAUCUCCACAGUAGCUGCACUUGCUUCAUGUACUGACCGCUGAAUGUUCAGAGCCUUAACGUAGCGAGAGUUAAUUAUGUACUGUAAUGAUCAGAAGCCCAGUUCUGGGUAAGACAUGGACAAACCAUCCAGCAGAUGUUUCAGCCUCCUCGGGUGGGGUCAGAACGUUUAGCCGCUACGCGAGUAGAAACGACUCCGUCACUGUGUUGUAGAUCCGCGAGUUGCUAUAGUUACAGCAUGCGCUUGUUUCUCUUCUACCAACACAAAGAAGUUUCAGGUAGAACUUUCACCAAAUCACAUUGUGACAAAAUAUCGGUGCUAAUCUGAGGUUAAACAUUACACAAACGUCAUGAGGUCAUUUUUUAAAUAGCUAGAAAUAACAUUACUAUUCAUGAAGCUGUCCAGAAUUAUGUAACAUCAGUCGAUAAGCGUUUAAUCUUUACAAUUUUCUCACAAACAUAAAAGAAGUAACGUAAACGAUUUACGGAGAAGCCCAGAAACAGCUAAUUUUACAAAUUUCAUACAAAUCCUACUUUCCUCAUUUAAAUAACAUUAACUAGCGUUCAUCUUGUUGGCUAACUUACUACAUAAUGAUGAUACAGAUAAAUUCUGAAGUCAUUUAUAACUAGCUAAUACUAAUUUAUUUACUCAUUUUUACUCCAGGGAGUCAGCUUUUCCCCUUCAAAUAACGUUAGCUAGUUUACAUUUUCCUCGGUCAAAUGACAUUAUUAUGUAAUAUUUACGUAACAUUUACAUAAUAAUUAUGAAGUAGCCCAAAAUGAGGCAAUGUAAAAAUCCAAACCCCAAAAAAAUCCAAUUCCCGUUCGUGAGCGAGCGUUAAAAAACUAAACAGAAAUGCCAGUAAAUAAACUGAGCUGACCAACUAAAUUAAAAUGAAACAAAAAUUGGAUUUAUUUUUUGUCAAAUUGUUCCUUUGAAUGUCUUUAAUCUUUGAAAUCCUUGAAAUCUUUAAAGUCAUAGCGGAGAUCGAUGUGACGUUUUCUCGUCCUCUCGCUCGUCUGCUAUGUAUUUCAUCACAACACUUAAUCUAUAGCUGAACUGUUUCGAGGACUUUGCGGAAUGUAGAUUUGAGCUCUUGCAUUUUUGCAUCUAAUCAAUUCAAGACUUAAUGAUGUAAAGAUUUUAGAGCGUUUGCUGCUAUUUACUGUUUAACUUCAUAUUUAGGCCAUCCUUAAAAAUAUUUUGGUUUGCAGUAACAGUAAAAAAAAAAAAAUGGGUCGGUAGGUACAGUAGGUCUAUAUUUUUUUUAAGUUUCAAUGUAAUUUUGCUGAUGGUGAUUACGUAGGUAUGACUUUAAACAAAUUAGCAUAUCGUGACGUCACUGACUGGGUCUUCAACCCAUGCCUUCGGGCGCAUCAUUGCAAACCUUAUUUUGAUGCUGGACAGUUUUUCCAGAACUUCGUGCCAAGUUAAAGCGGUGUCGAGCUGUUUUAAUGAAUUUUUUAGAUGUAUUAUGGUGCCCGAACCCGUUAAUAUUAUUUUAUUGCUUUUGUAUUAGAUGUUUGAAGAGUAAAAAAAAAAUUGGUCGGUCUUAACGCAAAUUUACAACCGGCAAGUCAGUCGGACUUAAAGCAAAAAAAAUAAAAAAUUGAGUCGGUCCUAAAUUGACAGGGUCGGUCGGGUUACGGCAAACAAGAAUAUUUUUAAGGAUGUCCUCAUCAUGUAUGUUUAUUUUCCUGUGAAAAACCGCCGCCUCCUGUUGACUUCAAGUGAAUCAGCUGUUCAAGAACAAAGUAGAAACUAUUUAAAAUCUCAGAUUGUCGCCACAUCCUCACAAAAGCACAAGCAUAAGGAUGUUUUCUGGGAAGCUACGUUUAAAAAUAACCUGCUGAAAGUGUUUUAAGACGCAGCGUUUGGUUUUGACAGAAUGAAACUCUCUGUACAUGACAGACACACAGAGAGACUGUCUCCAGGUUACAGCCAGUAGAUGAGACUAUUAACCCACACACACACACACACACACACACACACACACACACACACACACAGCUGACUAACACCCAUAACACACCAGCGUUAGCCUCACAAUAAACACUUGCAUCCUAGAAGGGGGUGUGGCCUUUAUUACUAGCAAACUUAUGGAAGGAGGUGUGGCCUCUACACCUGUCAGUGCCAGUAAAGGAGGCGUGGCCUUUUCCAGUAAAGGAUUCAUGGCCUUUUUCCCAGUAAAGGAGGUGUGGCCUUUGUUCCUGUCAGUCCCAGUAAAGGAGGCGUGGCCUUUGUUCCUGUCAGUCCCAGUAAAGGAGGCGUGUCCCAGUUAAACACUAUUCCAGAUAAAAUCACACAGUUUGCACUUGACAUGGCACUAAAGCAGCGUUACACAGCGUGUCACAUUCCAUCAUCUGCUGUAAAUGUUUAUGUCGACAGGAGGUUCAGUUUAUCUGCAUGGUCUAACUUUAGAGCUUGCUGUAAGAAAACUGAUUGGAAAAAAAAUUGUGUGUGUGAAUAAAGAGAUAAAGUGUGCACUGGAAUUGCCUUAAAGCUGAAUGAAAUGCUUCACACUGUACCUGAAGGAGAGCUGUUAGUC